AUGAUACCAUCCUUUAGUCAGUGCACUGGUGACCUCUUAGAGACCCCUGUUAAUAUAAGUUCCUCGUCACUGCAACAUCAAAACAGUGAAGCUGACUCCACAGACCCAGGGAAACUACUUAUCUUUGGAGAUUCAAUGUCCUUCUCGUCAGAAAUGGAGAACAAUCACUCAGUUAACAGUUAUGAGGCUGUAGUUAAUUUUGAUAUAUCUCCACCAACUUCACCAUCAAAGAAUGGUGAAGUGCCUACUAAAGUCAUAAGAAUUCACAGAUCACUUGUGAGGGCUGAUAUGCUUGAGAUUUUUUCAGAUCCUUCCAUUUUGAAGUCCAGUUUAAAUGCCAUCAUUAUACAUCAGCUCGGUCAUGAAGAAGCUGGACGGGGAAAUGGGGUCUUGAGAGAAGUUUUCUCCUUGUUCACACACGUUGGAGGAGAGUGA